UUGCUGGUGUAGGAGGGGUAGAAGCGACAGGACAGGCCUUUCCUCAGGAAAACAUAUCACCUUCCACCACAAUAGAGCUGGCCAGGAAACCACGGGCAGCCACAUUGCUCUCUCGAGCCCACGAGUACUUUCAGACACACUCUCGCACUCAUCAGUCACACACACACACACAAAGCCUGCACACUCCAGGAUGACACGCUACUGAAAUACUACAAGGAUCGUUUUCUUCUCAGGUGUGAGUGAUACAGUCCCAAUCUCAAGUGCAAACAUGCCCAUUCUAAAGAAGCUCCCAGGUAGGUCAAAGAGCUGCCAUGAGUUCCCCAGAGUGAAUGGUGAACUUAUUCUCCCGAGGCUUGACCUGGACCUCAAGGACUUGAAUGAUCUGAAUGAAUUGCACGAACUGAAGGAUCUGAAAAAGAACCUGAACCCUUUCGAGGACGUUGACUUGGAUGAGGACGAGAGGAAUGACGGUGACGUGGGGCUCAUCAUGGGAGGUAACCUCCAGCUCAGGUCCUCUCGAGAUGGAGAAGAGGAGGAAAACGAGCUGAAUGCCGAGAGGCACGGAGCGGGAACUCUUAAAGGAAAGCCGCUAAGGGGAACCCUGGAGCGCAUUUGUGGUGUGUCGCCACUGAGAACCCUUGGAAAAUUGGGCAAGGGGCUCCGCAAAUCUGGACGGAGUGUGUGGGGACACAGUUUACCCCACUACAGCCCUGGAGACUCAAACACACUCCCAACACAACGGGAAAAAAGGAAAGGACCACGCAGAAGCUCAGAAGGAUUUAUGACUUUACUCCGCGUUAACGGCGGCCGUCGCAAGGAGGAGCGCAGAGAAAGCCUGCCCUGUGGGGACCUGAGUGCAGACGGUGAGGCGGAGGCAUCCAGGCGGCCCUCUUUCCUCAGGAUGGUCAGCCUUGGCAAGAUGAAGAGGGAAUCCAUGUCUGACCAGGCUUCACAGGAGACUGAUGAGGAAAGCGAGGAAAAAGAACCAGUGGUCAAAACCAGAGAGCCCCUCUCAGUACUGGAGAUUUUACAGCUAGUCAACCAUCGAGAUCUGCUCCUUGCUGACACGCACAUCCAGGAGCUGGAACGAGAGUGUGAGCUGCUCUCUCUUUUGCCGUCAAGUCCCGUCGUCAGUCCUGCUCACUUGGGGGCUUCUGGCAUGAUUCCUUUAUCCUGUUCAUCCUUGGACGAGUCGCUCAGCUCCAACGCAACUCAGGAUUCAAGCCGCCGUAAAGAGAAAGACGUGGAGCUUCUCUAUGAGGCUUUAAUGAGAGAGAUGUGGGAUGUGGUCCGCGAGUCUCUCCGUCAGCCCAGUGCCAGACACAACCUCGGGUAUGUGGUACUGGUUAUUCAGCAGGAGGAGAAUGCGGAUAUGGCCUGGGCUCUCAGAGAGAAGAACACGCCAGAGCGAGAUCUGGACGCAGCUCCCCAGAUCCAACAAAGCCACCGUCCUCGACGAUUGAAAAUGAAGUGGAGAGAAGCUGUGGCGGAGGCUGCUGACUGGAGCCUGCCCAACCAGGCGGACACUCAGGCGGGCCAGCUGGCCUCGUACCUGGAGCGUCUGAGGAGUCGGAUGGUGGAUGACCUGGACGCGGCCAAGAGGAAUGCCGUGUCCGUUUACCCCGAGGAGUUUUCUGCGUUCCAGGUGUACGUGGAAAGUUAUCAUCAAGCCGUGGCUAAACGUCUACGAACACUUACCCGUGGCCCGCUGCAGAUUACCGAUGUCUAUUCACUGUUGGAUUGGUUCUACAACAUCUACAACCGUGAUGUCCUGGGAACCAUUGGCACCGCCACGCCAAUCAACUACGGUUCCCUGGAGCCUCUUCUGUCGCAAGACACGGUCGACCAAUUGGAAACGGAGUGUCUUAGCAUUGUCAAGGAGAAGGUGUCCAAAGAGCUCAUUCAGGUUCUGGAUGACGAAGAGAGGCGAUGGGCCCAGACGCUACACAUUGAGGAGUAUCAGUCCCACCUAGCGCCGUCGGUCAUUCAGAGGCUGAAGGUGGAUCUGGACAAAUCUACUUCUGUGAACCAAUUCCUAGGGGCAAGGGUGGCUCGCUUUAGUCUCAUCGGUUUGGCUGACUUUCUUCAUAGUUUCCAAAGAAAAGCACAGAUGUUUCACGAGACCCAGGCAGAGUUUGGCGAUCGAGGAGAUGGAUAUGUUUCCAGGACCAUAGCGCUAGUCAACUGCUGCCCUCCUCUCAGAGCCUUUGUGGAGCGCUGCAGGCAGUGUGAUCCGCAGGCCAGUGAGGCUUCAGCAAAAAGAGCCAACUCCUCCCUGGACAAGAUCAUCAACCAUUCUGUGAAGGUGCUGGCCGAUCGACUGUUUGAGCACAUUAGGCCGUUUUUUGACAAAAUGAUCAAGAGAAAAUGGCUGACCAACACAGAUACCUUCGGGGCCAUCGAAACGAGCAUUAAACAACACUUCAAAAAGUUCCGACGGAUGGAUCCUCCACCGUAUCAGACGCUGGUGGGUGAGGUGCACCGUCGGGUCCUGGUCGAGUACGUACGAGCCAUCAUGCGGGGUCGGCUCAUUUGCACCUCGUCCAAGAUGAGAAAGAGAAUGGCUUUCCGCUUACAAGACGAAGCCAAACAGAUUAAAGGACUCUUUCAGGAUUUGGAAUCAAGUUCAUCUUGGUUGGACAGUCUCAUUUUCCACCUAGCUGACGUUGUUCUUCUCGAAGACACGCCCUCCAUCCAGAUGGAGGUUGCUGUACUGGUCAAAGAGUUUCCAGAUAUUCGGCUUAUUUACGCAAGCAGGUUGUGUUCUUCACCCCACCAGGAAGAGGUGUUGCAGGAAAGGCAAAAAGCCCUGGUCACAUUUUGAGUAAACCCACUGCCACAGACUUGCAAAUAGGUCUGAAGAAGGUGAAUAGAAGGGUAAACACAGACAUGACCUCUGCGCUACUAUCAGGAGGAGGGUCCAUUCAGUACCCCUCCCUGCAUAUUUCCACAUUGUUUUGAGGUUGGGCCGACCUCAAGCAUAACCCGUGUGGUAAACUCCAUGUGGAUAGGAGUUGAAUUUGUAUUUAUUUAUCUAUCUAUCUACCCUGUUGGUAAAAGCAGUACAGAUAACGGAUAUUUCUUUCUUUCUUUGCGCUGGCCCUGCAUGAGGUGGUAAUACGUAUGCCUAUUGUCUGACGUGACAUUCAUUUGAGUCCCUCAGCCCUAAAUUAGGCCAAGCACUCUUUCUUCUUUCACAUUGCAUGCUUACUGUCUGUCUUUGGAUCAUUUGAACACUUGCAGCGCCAAGGAGAGUUAUUAAUGCAGCCCUCCCUGAACCACAAUCAAUCUUUCAUCAGGAAAGCAUUUAAGCGGGAGCCUAAUGACUCCAUAUCCUUCUGCCCUCCUGCUGACAGUGCUUGGCGAAGCUGGCCCCUUUUAAUAAUCGCUCCCUUCAACCCUUUGACACAUGAACUUGGUUCUCUUUACUCAGACUUGUCAGGGUAAUCUGUAUGACCCAAACCUCCUUUGUUGAGUAUUGUGUGCAAAAUGUGCGGAAAGAGGACAACUGCAGGAGAAAACAGAAGAGCAAGACGGUGUGCACUUUCUAGCUCACUCGUGACAUCUAGUGGCCACAUGGGGAAAAUGAUUUCAACUGCUAUACUUGUCUUUGUACAGCAGGUGUCAGUAGAGAGCUAAUGUGCUCGAAGCGUCGAUGAACUGAUGGCUGAUUCAGGAGACUUUACUUUGCCCGUCACUAGGUGGCGACGUGCAGGUGUUGUAGGUGAGAAUCCAAGUCCGAAAAUCAAAGCAAAAUAUGCACCUUUAAAUGAUGCACUGCAAUAAAACGACCG